CCUUGGCAAGUUGCGCCCGAUUUGCUGUCACAGUCUUAAUGAAUUCAUCUGUUUGUGUAUUGGCCAUGGGAGCAUUUCUCCCUCCUCCCUCCCUCUCGCUCUUUCGUUCCUAUCCUCUCCCCCCUCCCUCUUAGUGGUGUUCCCCUGGGGACUCUAUAUAUACCAGGGACCACUCCAGGCACCUAUUGUUCCUCUAAGUAAACUUACAGACAGAUGCCCUGCACCACAGUGUGGGAGAGAGCCCAGAGAGACAGGAGGAGGGAGACAGUUAGAGAUUGCAGAGAGCCACCAGACAACAAGGACCUGGAAACACCGCAGGAUAGAUUCAUCUCCAGCACCUCUGCAUCCUCCCCAGUCGUCCCGCGUGUCUCCUGCGUGUCUGCUUGUUGUCAUUGUCGAGUGGAGGUCUGAUGCUCUGACGCCAUGCUGCUGCUGAUAUCACUGCUGUUUAUGGGGCUGGACUGCUUGCUGGGAGCCCCGGCAGGUAGAGAGGUCUACAGGAUGCCCCAGAGUGCACUCAAAGCACUGUCCGAUCGUGGUACUGUGGUCCUCGAGGCCGCUAUGACUAGUGCCCUGUCUGCUCUCGAGCGGGCAUCAUCUGAGAGAAGUCGGGCUGAGGCUGGCUGCCGGGGCUGUGUUCCCUGCCUGUUUCAGGACUGUGGACAACUGUCUGGUUCUUGCUCGUCUCCUGCCAGUGCCUUAUCAGAGCCCAGCUGUGACAUCAUCAGUAAGGCCCAGAAGCUUCAAGAUGAAGCAGAGCGGAGUUGGGCUCUGAGCCAGGCUUGUGCAUACUACCAGCAUCGCUGCCCAACUGGUGAACUGGACAAGGAGAGCUGCAUCAGGAUCAUGGGUGAGAGCUGCAGCGCCCGCGUCCUCCAGUGCAGCCUGCUUAACACAAUGCAGAACCUGGAACCUGCUACGCAGACGCAUGCACAGGCAGUGUGUGGUCAGAGGUCGUCCGCAGUGCAAAACAUCACACAGCCUCGCUCCAGGAUUGUGGGCGGCUCCCCUGCUCCUCCAGGCAGCUGGCCCUGGCUGGUCAACCUGCAGCUAGAUGGCGGCCUGAUGUGCGGAGGGGUCCUGGUGGACAGCUCCUGGGUGGUCACUGCUGCACAUUGUUUUGCUGGCAGCCGUAGUGAGAGCUACUGGACGGCCGUGGUGGGGGAGUUUGACAUCACCAAGACUGACCCCGAUGAACAAGUUCUCAAAGUGAAUCGCAUCAUCCCUCAUCCUAAGUUCAACCCAAAGACAUUUAACAACGAUAUAGCCCUGGUGGAGCUGACAUCACCAGUGGUCUUGUCUGAGCACGUCACCCCAGUGUGUCUCCCCUCUGGCAUGGAGCCCCCUACUGGCAGCCCAUGUCUGGUGGCAGGCUGGGGCUCCCUCUAUGAGGACGGCCCAUCUGCUGACGUGGUGAUGGAGGCCAAGGUUCCCCUGCUGCCUCAGAGCACCUGUAAGAGUGCCCUUGGCAAAGAGCUGGUCACUAACACCAUGCUGUGUGCUGGCUAUCUCUCCGGAGGCAUCGACUCCUGUCAGGGAGAUUCUGGAGGUCCUCUGAUCUACCAAGAUCGAAUUUCAGGUCGGUUCCAACUCCAUGGCAUCACUUCCUGGGGAGAUGGCUGUGGAGAGAAGGGCAAGCCUGGAGUCUACACGCGGGUUUCUGCUUUCUCUGACUGGAUUCAGGCUGAGAUACAAAAGUCAUUUGGGAGCCGGGAGCCAACGUGUCCGGAGCUUCUAAAGACAACAGAAAUGACAGAGGAGGAACAAAGGUCAGAAUUCAGCUCUCUCUGUCGCUUCUACACCCUGACCUGCCCCCCUGGUCAGUCUUCCAGCGUUUGCAGCCGAAUGGCUGAGGACAAAUGCCUCACCCGCUUCAAGAAAUGUCAGAUGCGUUCGUUCCUGCAGACCCUGUUGGAUUUACUCCAGAGGGCCGAGGACUACAUCAGGGACAAGGUGGACUUGACCUUCUUCACCCAGACUCUGCCUCAGCUGGUGGAGCACAUCUACAGCACAGCUUUCGCUCACACCAGAGAGCGGAGGGACCUGGGACUGAGUCAGUGUCUCACACAGAUUGAAGAACAGCUAGGUGGAGCUGUGGUGCCUGAAGUGCAGAGUCCUUCUCCAGUUCCUCCUGCCUUGUUCAAAGAGGUGGGCCCUUUGGUGGAUGACUGGGAGAAAUACUUGAAAAACAUGGCUGAAGACCUGGACAAACAACACACUGACACAUCAACAGACGUCUCCUCCGCACCAACGAGACAGGAGCACAACAUUUUCUUACAGACAGAGGACUCCUCAGUACAUCAGCUAGAGGGAGAAUAUCGAUCUGUUAUCUCAGCUCUGCGCUCCAAGGUGGACUCCAGAGCCGCUCCGCCCAUCCUGCACCUGGACACAAGCUACCUGCAGAAAGAGUCUCCCAACGCUCCACCCUUUCCUGCUUCUCCCUCCGGAAAACCGGUCCACACCGGUGCCAUCUCCUCUGAGGAAACCCAGGAGCCUUGGUCACUCCUAACAGCCUUGAUGAAUGAAAUUCAAAAAUUAAGGACACAAGAUGGGAUCGUGACAAAAGAUGCAUCACAAAGUGAAACCUCAUCCAACAGAGACGCUUCUCCUGACGUAACAUGGAGCGCCACAUCAGAGGAUUUUACUUUUGUUGAGACUGGAGACAGAACAGAAUUAAAAUCUUUAGCGUUACCACUUCCCGUUCAGUCAACAACUGUUGUGCAGACAGUCACUGAGGGUGACCACACAGAGAUGACCGCUGACCCCAGACAAACUGCGCGUCCUAUUAAGACGUUAAGUCUUCAAAGAAAAUACAGGAGCCUUCUUCGCAAGAGGCAGAUACCUGGAGCCAAUGGGAAAAUUUGUCCUGGAGUGAGAGAAACCUCACAGCAAGUCAGCCAAGUCAGAGACUCCUACAGCUGGGUCCUUAGCAUCCCAAACAAGAACCUGCGCAUGACUUUUCAAGAGGUGUUAGUUGAUCUCAGUUCCAAGAAUGACAGAGGACUCUACCAGGCGCGGGUCAGAGCAGUAGUGGGAGGACGACCUUUGACCUUCUACAGUCUUGUGGGCCUGGAGAAUGAGUCAUUCUACCGCAGUGUACCAAGGAUCAUCGCUUUGGCACUGGAGGCACUCAAGACUUAACUUCAACAUAAAAGCAAGUGAGAUAACAUGAAAAAGAAAAGACUGAAAUGAGAGAUGAUGGCACAAUGACUCUCAGAGACCCGUUUGAAAAGCACCAGAAGACCCUUGUUAUGGGACGGAGAGACGCACAAAAAAACGCACACACAAACUUUACUUCCUCUGUUGUCUCCUGUGACAAGCAUUAUUUUGUUUCCCUGUCUGAGAGCCUGACAUUUACUCUUAAUGAAAACACAACCAUGAAUGUAUCGACCCAACUAUCGACCGCCCAUCACGCCACAGGUUGUUUUUUUUAUGUGGUCGGAGACGCAGCCUUGUCUAACUUAUGAAUCAAAAUGAUAUCACAAAAUGAUAAGUUAUUCAUAUUGUCAUUGUCUUUUGCAAAGGUUGAGCCUCUUGUGAUGCACUCAGACUGUAUAUAUUAUUCAUGUUAUCUUUAUUCCUACCAUAUUUAUUUGUAUAGAGAAAAGCCUUUGUAUUUUUGUAAAAAAAAAAAAUCUAUAUAUAA